AUGUGGAAAAACACAGUCACGGAGGAAGUGAGUGAAGUUCCUCCUCAGUUCCUCAACUACCCGACCAACUCGUACGCGUACGAGUCCACUGACACGGAGCUGGAGUGCGCCGUGGCGGGAAACCCUCAGCCCACCGUGCGCUGGAUGAAGAACGGAGAGGAAGUCAUCCCCAGUGACUACUUCCAGAUCGUGGACGGCAGUAACCUGCAGAUCCUGGGUCUGGUGAAGUCAGACGAGGGCUUUUAUCAGUGCGUGGCUGAGAACUCGGCCGGCAGCGCUCAGGCCAUGGCUCAGCUGCUGCUGCGAGAGCCAGUGUCCCCCAGCCCAGGCGUUGUCCUCCCCUCUGCCCCCCGCGACCUGGUCCCUGUCCUAGUGUCCAGUCGAUUUGUCCGACUCAGCUGGCGCCCCCCAGAGGAGACGGGAGGAACUGUGCAGACCUACGGCGUUUACUACUCCCAGAGCGGCGUUGAAAGGGAGCGGUCAGUGAACGUGUCGGAGCCAGAGUCGUUGGAGUUAAUGGUGUCCAACCUGAAGCCGGAGGAAAGUUACAGUUUCAGAGUCGUCGCCUACAACGACGUGGGACCGGGAGGAAGCUCCGCCCCCCUGAGGAUCACCACCAAACCUGACCUCCAGGUUCCCAGCCGGGUGGAGUUUGUGAGGGCGGAGCCUCUGUCCCCGACCUCUGUCCAGGUGAGCUGGGAGCCGCCCACUCAGCCCAACGGUCCCGUGCUCAGCUACAGGCUGCUGUGGAGCGAGAGCCCGACCGGCAAAGAACAGAGUGUGGAAGUUAACGGACUGAACUAUAAGAUGGAGGGACUCAAUAAGUUCACCGAGUACACGGUCCGGGUUCUGGCUGUCAACCGCUAUGGACCUGGUACGGCCUCUGAGAGCGCGACAGUCAUCACGCAAUCAGACGUUCCCAGUGCAGCUCCUCAGAACAUCACCUUAGAGGUCGUCCUGUCCAGGAGCAUCAAGGUGUCAUGGCAGCCACCUGUGCGCAGCGCCCAGAACGGCAUCAUCACCGCCUACAAGAUCAAAUACAGGAAGACGGGUCGCCGUGGAGACCAAGAGGCCAUUGAACCCAACAACUUCUGGUACCUGUUCACAGGACUGGAGAAAGGCAGCCAGUACAGUUUCCAGGUUUCUGCCAUGACGAUCAACGGAACAGGUCCGGCCAGUGAGUGGUUUACAGCCGAGACGCCGGAGAACGACCUGGACGAGAGCCAGGUGCCGGACCAGCCCAGCUCCCUGCACGUCAGGCCGCUGCCCAACAGCAUCAUCAUGUCCUGGACUCCGCCCCUCAGCCCCAGCAUCCUGGUCCGUGGCUACAUCAUCGGCUACGGCGUGGGGAGUCCGUACGCGGAGACGGUCAGAGUGGACAGCAAGCAGAGAUACUACUCCAUCGAAAACCUGGAAACAAGUUCACACUACGUGAUUUCCCUGAAGGCGUUCAAUAACGCCGGCGAGGGAGUUCCACUGUACGAGAGCGCUGUCACUCGAUCCCUGACGGACCCCAUAGACCCAUCUGAGGACGACCUGUUCCACCUCUUUGAUAAAUACCCCACUCCCAUGCCAGACACCAGCACUCCCAUGAUCCCUCCAGUCGGGGUCCAAGCCGUGGCUUUGUCCUCGGACUCGGUCCGCGUCUCCUGGGCGGACAACUCCAUGACCAAGAACCAGAAGGCGUCUGAGGUCCGGUACUACUCGGUCAAGUGGAAGACGAGCUACUCCACCAGUGGAAAAUACAAGUCUGCAGACACUACAGCGCUCAGCCACACCGUCACCGGCCUCAAGCCAAACAUCAUGUACGAGUUUGCCGUCAUGGUAACCAAAGGCCGCAAGUCCAGCACGUGGAGUAUGACGGCACACGCCACGACGUAUGAAGCAGCUCCGAGCUCCGCCCCCAAAGACUUGACGGUGAUAAGUCGCGAGGGGCGACCCCGCGCCAUCUUAAUCAGCUGGCAGCCACCGAUGGAGGCCAACGGACGCAUCACCGGUUACAUCCUCUACUACACGCUGGAUAAAAACAUGCCCAUCGACGACUGGGUGAUGGAGCCGAUCAGCAUCGACCGGCUGACGCACCAGGUCGUCGAUCUGAACCUCGACACCGUUUACUACUUUCGGAUUCAGGCCAAGAACGCCAAAGGAGUCGGCCCGCUGUCAGAGCCCGUCCACUUCAGGACCGCCAAAGUGGAACAUCCCGACAAGAUGGCAAACGAUCAAGGUCGAGGAGGAGACCACACCUACUGGCCGUCAGACACCAACCUCAUUGACAAGAGCAGCAUCAACGAAACGCCGCCGGCUGGAAAAAUUAAUUACAUUCAGCUUCUCCGCCAUCAAUCAAGUGUUUUUACAAACUGUGGACAGUAA